AUGGAAGACGUGGAUGUUGUCCUGUUGGGCGAGACACACGAUGACAGGAUCGCGCACCUCUUGCAGCUGCAGCUUCUCCGAGGCGCGCAGCAACAGAGCAGCAGGACGGGCCGGCCUGUAGCCCUCAGCCUGGAGAUGUUUGAGCGCGACGUGCAGGGCAUCAUGGAUGAUUAUCUCUCAGGGCUCAUCACUGAGCGAGACCUCAAACAGGCAUACCUGGACAAGACAAACCAGACCAUGCAGGCAGCAGCAGAGCAGAUACAGGCUUUCAAGAGCCAGCAGGCGGGCGAAGGGGGGAGCGACAAAUCAGCUGGCAAGAAAGAGACCAAAGAUGAUGGCUUGCCUUUGCCAGCUGACAGUGGUGAGGCAGCAGACCUCAGCGCUCCUCGGUCAUAUGCCAUAGAGCACCCACUGUGA